AUGUGGUUCCUGGUUCUGUUCCUCGUCCUGUCCCUGUGGGGRACUGGUGCUGCGCCCCCCAUCCAGUCUCGGAUCAUAGGGGGCUGGGAGUGCCAGAAGAAUUCCCAUCCCUGGCAGGCGGCCGUGUACCAUCAUGGUUUAGCAGUGUGUGGGGGCGUCCUGGUGCACCCCCAGUGGGUCCUCACUGCUGCCCACUGCUUCAGAAACAAUAUCCGGGUGGCUCUGGGUCGUCACAACCUGGGUGCCGAGGAGGACACCUCCCAGUUGGUCCCUGUCAGCUACGCCUUCCCCCACCCGCUCUACAACAUGAACCGCCUGAAGAGCACCCACAAUGACAGAAGCCACGACCUGAUGCUGCUCCGCCUGUCGGCGCCCGUGCAGAUCACCAAGGCUGUGAAAGUCCUGGAGCUGCCCACCCAGGAGCCAGAAGAGGGGAGCACCUGCCUUGCCUCGGGCUGGGGCAGCAUAGAACCAGAAAAACAUGUGUUCCCAGAUGAUCUCCGGUGCGUGGACCUUGAAAUCCUGUCUAAUGAAGAGUGUGACAAAGCCCAUUCCCAGAAGGUGACAGACACCAUGCUGUGUGCUGGGCGCUGGCAGGGCGGCAAGGACACCUGUGGGGGUGAUUCGGGGGGCCCGCUCAUCUGUAAUGGCAUGCUGCAAGGUCUCACGUCAUGGGGCAGUGAUCCCUGUGCCGUGCCCCAACAGCCUGCCCUGUACACCAAGCUGAAGGCUUACCGGAAGUGGAUUGAGGACACCAUGGUGGCCAACCCCUGA